CGGUUAGUAGUUUCUGUUAGUUAAUUGUUUAACAAGAAUGGUACUUUAAUAGUUUGAAGUCGUGAGGUUUGAACAACUUGUAUUAAAGAGGAUUCACGCCUAUUACAUGUACUGACCACCUCCCAUUCACGUUCACACUAAUUGUUAAUCAUGUAUGAAAGAGGGUUAUUCACCUACAAACCCACCCACAAACCUAGUUCGUCUGCUAGUUUCCGCUUUUAAAGUUUUUCUGUCCCUAACAUUGAUGCUACGUCAUCGCUGGGCUAGCAUGUGGUAGAACAGGGCUUUCAAAUUCUUUCAACCCUCAGCCUAUUGGCCAUGCGUGAGCUACACCAUGCAGGAACAUAAAGGGUUGAGCAGGGUAGCAAGUAAAUAUGACGCUCAUACUAUCCUGUCAUAAACCAGCCAGUUGACAUGAAAUUACUACAGCGUGUGGUCUGUUUAGUGUGAAAAAAAAAGUUUCAAGUGAAUUACCCGUAUCAUUCAUUAAGGUAGAGUGCAUCAGCGCAAGAGACUAUUUCAUCAGUUUUUUUAAAAUGAACUCUUUUAUAUGCGAGAGCACCGGGUGCUCAAAAUUUUAAAAGGAAGGUUGACGAUAUGACUACUUGAACUCUUACGAUCAAAAAUACUAUUUUGCAGAAAAGAAAUGUUUCUGAUUCGUGUCCGUGGGUUUUUUAUCUCCACUAUCUACGCCCUGUUCUUCAUUAGCCACACCAUCGCAGGGUUUCUAUCAGUUGCAACACUGGUUUUCACAGAACACAGCCUGACAUCAUUCAAGGUGUUCACACUGCUUUCAAUUUUAGCGAAUAUCAAGUUUUUUGUAACAACCUUUGGAGACAGUCUAAUAUGGUUUGCAGACUCGAUGAUUGCACUAAGAAGAAUGCAGAGAUUGUUGGAAACGAAACCAGUCAUCGAAUCUAAACUAAGCAAACGACAGAAUAUGUCUCCUUUAAAAGUUUAUUUUAAAGGCAGGAGGUAUAAGCCACACUUAGUUAGAACAGAGAGUUUCAAACCAGAAAAACCAGCUUUGAUGAGUCUUCAAAAGAUUGAGGACUUCCAAGCUGUUCAACAUCAAGCUGUGCUCGAAAACAUUUCCAGUUUGUGGAACUAUUCGUCAGAUCGCCCAGCAUUACAAAACGUUUCAUUGCAAGCUUCUAGUGGGCAACUAAUAGGUAUAACUGGACCAGUAGGGAGUGGCAAAACUUCUCUAUUGAUGACCAUCUUGGGAGAAAUUCCAAUAUCAUCUGGUCAAAUGUCUUGUACUGGAAAAAUGGCUUACGUCUCCCAAACGCCUUGGGUCUAUUCUGGCACGGUGAGAGAGAACGUUGUAUUUGGUAUGCCUUUCGUGGAAGAAAAGUUUAAUAAGAUCAUCGAAGCGUGCGACCUAGGAAAAGAUCUAUCACGAUUUCCAAAACGCGAUCUCACGGAGAUAGGGCAACGUGGAGUAAUCCUGAGUGGCGGUCAGCGUGCACGAGUGAGUCUGGCACGCGCAGUUUACUCAGAUGCUGAUAUCUACUUACUAGAUGAUCCUCUAAGUGCAGUGGAUGCCAAAGUCGGCAAACAUUUGUUUGAAAAAUGUAUUGACGGAUUUCUAGCUGGGAGGGUGCGUAUUUUGGUGACACACCAAUCACACUUCCUUCAACAUACAGACAACGUUGUUAUACUUCACAAUGGUUCCGUAGAGUACCAAGGUACCUUUGGUCACAUGGAGAAAGAAAGGAUGAGAAAUUUUUCUAUUGUUUCUCAAAGAAGUCAAGAGAAUGAUAUAGAUGAUCAUGGAAAGGUUUUUGGUGAAGCUGUCAAGAGCGUCAAUAUUGUCCAUAAACUUGGAAAGAGAGUGGAUCUUAAAGAAGAGGAAGAGGACCGAAUGGUUGGUACUGUAAAAUGGCGAUUGUAUUGGAAAUACUUUAGAGCCUCCCUUUCAACUGGUCUUAUUUUCAGCCUUGCCUGCUUCUUCGUCGUUGUCCAAGGUAUUUAUAACUGUAAAUUUAAAUAGGACAGUAAUUGUCAUGUGCUUUGGGUGCUGUCAUAAGACAGUUGAACUUCAAUGGUUUUUUUUGUUUGUUUGUUUUGUUUACUUGUAGAAAAAACUCAAGGGAUAUCUUGUGCUUGUCUCUGAUAUUGAUUUUGUUAUGAUUCAAUGGUAAAAGGUCUUCUUGUCGUUCGAUCUGCAAUCAUACUCGUAACCAAACAAAUUAGACUCUUGCUACGCGGUCGUCCCUUUAAUCUCUGGUACAAUCACAGGUCGAACUGCACUCCGCUAAGUCAUAUUAACAUUAUACACUUAAUGUCUCUAUCUCUCCUUGGAUGACUUCGGAAACUGUUGCUUACUAGGUUCAGGGGUGUGUGUUGAGUUUGUGUUUUUCCAAUUUUCCCGCCUUCAGUAACGCCACUUUCAUGGCUCCAUGCUUUGAUCUCGUGCUGCUCACGAGGGGGGUAUAAGUACUCAAAUUUAUCAUGAUAAGGAUAGAUUUUACUUUAGUCAAGGCCACCUGACUAAGAAUCAACCAAUGGCUGUCCCUGUUUAGUUGACUGAAAGUCUAGGGAUAUAACAGUAUACCUAAGUAAAUCACUUCUCAUAAACAAACAAUGACUAGACACCACUGGAUCAAAUACAAAAUUUGUUUGUUUGUUUGUUUUUGUUGUUGUUUCAGUUUUAUGGAUCGCUCCAUAUUGGUGGGUUUCACGAAUGAUCGACAUGCCAAAAGAAAAACAGAAGGACUACACAACGCUCCUGGUGUAUGGAUCCAUUGUCACAUUGUCCUUGUUGUUUACAAUUGUAUCCUCAUUUUGCUUUUAUCUGACAGCUUUAAAGGCCUCAGAAAAUCUGCAUAACAAGAUGACUAAAGCGGUUAUUGAAGCACCAGUCAUCUUCUUUGACACAAACCCAGUUGGUCGAAUCUUAAAUCGCUUCUCUAAAGACAUUGGUAGUAUGGACAUUAUGCUUCCACCACAAUUUCUCCUGGCAGUGCUAUGUUGUCUUUAUUUUUUCAGUGCUACCAUCCUGUCUGCUGUGGUGAACGUGUGGUUAUUUAUCAUUUGUGUUCCACUGACAAUUUUGUUUAUCUACCUUGCAAAGUAUUAUUUGAAAUCCUCUCGGGAAAUCAGACGGCUGGAGGCAGUGACUUGUAGCCCUGUUUAUUCACUCAUUGCCGAUACCAUAGCAGGAUCAGAAGUAAUUCGCUCAUCAAAGAUGGAAGAUGAUUUCCUGCAGAAAUUUUUCAAGUAUGUAACUUAAUUUGCUCCUGAACGGCGUUCGGUAUGUUAUGCUGACGAAUAUGGGUAUAACUUUAAUUCUUAGUUUUCAUUUUUGUAAGCGUGUAGACCAGUUAAAAUAAUUGUUCUAGGUGUACAUAGUAUUUGAAAUGAUUAUAGUUUAACUUUUCCUAAAGUAUGAAUAACACUAAGCGUAGACCAGCAGGCGGAUAUGUUUCUAUUAAACACUCAGUGAUUCAUAAGAACUGGCAAUAAAAGAAAAAAAAAGGAGAAAACAUUUCUUCUGUGUCAAUUAUUUUAGGUACCAAGACAAAAACACAUCAGCCUUAAUAAUGUUACUGGCAUCAACACACUGGCUUGGGCUCCGUGGAGAUUCAAUAAGCAACGUUCUGGUGACGUCUGUUUCAGUUGGAGCCAUGUUAGCGACACAAAGCCCAGGUGGGUAUCUUUAUCGUCCUCGUCCCGGUCGUUCAAAAAAUGGAUAGCGCUAUCCAACCGAAAAAUCACUAUCCAGCGGAUAAGUACUAGGGAAACCAACUGCGUUAUCCACAAGAUAGAGAUUUAUCCAGUGGAUAGUGUUAUCUGCGUUUCGAACAACUGGGCCCUCGAGAACAAGCUACUUUAUUUGAGAAGGUUUUUUUUCAGCAUCUACUUAUCCCUAAACUGCUAGUUAAUUUGUUUUUUAAAUGAUCACAAGCCCUUUUUUCCACAAUGAAACCAAGACGAACGCCUGGCGGUGCCUCAUUCUGGAAAAUCGGCUAACCUGGUGUCAGAAACAAAGAGUCGUUUUCUAUAAGCCAAGAUGCGCCAAUAUUGAAUGCGUUUGUAACAGAAACAACGACAAAUAUAUUAAAAGAAUAUAGAGCGACUGUAUUCAGCCAAAUAAAGAUUUUCCUAAGGUUGACGUAGUCUCCGACUGGUAAUAUGAAAUGAAAAAGAGAUCGAAAACAGCAUUGAAUUGUGAGACCAGUGAACUCAUGUUUCACAGUCCACCAGUAUAUUUUUAACAGAGAUGUCGUACUAUAAGACGCGCGUCAGAGGUUCCCUUAAGUUUUUAUACCUCAUUGAUACAGGAAAGUAAUAGGAAAACUUACUCGUGGCACUGGGGGUAGAACCAUUUUCAGGAACACCGAUCCCAACAAGUUCCUCAAGGGAUAAACUUUCUGAGGAUUAAUAUUUCAGUAAGUCUGUAUGUCCGUCAUAAUUAAAAGGAUAACCAUUGGAUUCUGAUGCUUUAUGAACUAAAGCAGCUAAGCCUUCGUUUACUUUCCUAUCAGCUGUAAUAGGUACAUAUUUUCUCCUUGCUCUUAUCCCGUUCUUCCGAUUAAGUGUUACUCUGUCUGGUUGGCGACUAAUUCUCGGACAGUAGAAGAAAACGUUUGUGUUUGUUUGCAGCGUUGGCUGGCAUGUCUCUGACAUUCGCACUGGAGACGUUAGAGGCUGCACAGUUUGGCAUUUACGUCGCUUCGGAGACAGAAAAUCACAUGACAUCAGUGGAAAGAGUGUUUACCUACACGGAAAUCGAUCCAGAGCCUGGGUAUUGCACAGAAACCCAACCUGCCCCUGAAGACUGGCCAACAGCGGGCUCCAUGGCAUUACAUGACUUGUCGCUUACAUAUUUGGAAGGUGCUCCAGCAAUUUUGAACGGCAUAAACGUUUGCUUCGCAUCUCAGGAAAAAGUUGGAGUAGUAGGUCGCACUGGAGCUGGAAAAUCGUCUUUGGUGGCUGCUUUGUUCCGAAUGCCAGAGCCAGAAGGCAGGGUAAGAAUAGUCUUCUUCUUGUCUUUUUGUUAAGACCUAUCGCGACGUUAUAGUUGGCAGCAACAUGUUUUAGUGCUGCUGGAAGCUCUUAACAGCGCUUAAAAAAGGUCAUUCAUAAUAGCUGGGUGCUCGUUUUCAAAACUUUCCCGGCCAUUCUCGUCCCGAGAGCCCUGAUUCUUUUGGCCAGCGCCCGGCACGGAUCUAGAGCUCUGGGUGGGACCAGGAUAACGCGCAGACGCAGUAGUCUCAUAACCCUUUUCGCUUCCAAUUUUUGUUGCUGCACGGAAAUUCUCAUGCCCUUGAUUAGAGGAAUUCCGGCAUCUACUCUUUCUUUCGAUCUGCGGCGUUAUCACAAGGAUCAAAGCCCUGGGGACGAGAAUGUUGUGCACUCGGAUGCGCAUUACUUGUCGUAUCCUUAGUAGUAUCCAAUGCGCAUGCCUGCGAGAAUUAUAUAUAGUAAAUGCCAGAAAAAUAAAAAGCUGGUUGAAAUGCAUUAUAUUUGCUUUCACAGGUGAUCAUAGACAAUGUCAACAUCAAAGAACUCAAUCUGCAGGCUGCUCGCAGGUCCAUGGCUGUUAUAACUCAGGAUCCUGUCCUCUUCAGCGGCAGCCUCAGAAGGAACCUAGAUCCAUUCUCUUUGUACGAAGAUCAUGACAUGUGGAGUGCCUUGGAAGAAGUACAGUUGAAGACCCUGGUGCGAGAUUUACCUGAACAACUAGAGUACAAGUUGAAAGAAUCUGGGACCAAUUUCAGUGUUGGCGAGCGUCAACUGGUCUGUUUAGCGCGUGCGCUGUUACAGAAAAGCAAGAUUAUAAUACUGGAUGAAGCCACUGCUAAUGUGGAUUACAAAACAGAUUGUCUGAUUCAAGAAGUUAUACGCAACAGAUUUAAAGAUUCUACAGUGAUUACCAUCGCCCAUCGCUUGAACACCAUCAUGGACUAUGACAAAGUCUUGGUUAUGGAUCGGGGAAGAGUGGUGGAGUUUGAUAAACCUGACGUCCUGUUACGGAUAAAAAAUGGUCAUUUCUCUCUCCUUGUUCAGACUUACGAGAGGACUGCAGAUCACUGAUCGACUGACACUUGUAUGUUUUCACUUUAACUUAGGAUCAAUGCUUUGGAGAAGGAAAGUAGGAAACACACACUUACUACUUCUAUUGAUCUUGUUACUAAUAAAGAAGGACGGGUUAGAAUUUAAUUUGGGAGCGAUCUUUUAGGAGGGAAGAAAAUAUUUAGGUCACGGGAGACAACCUCCAUAUUAAAUAAAUUCUUUAUAUCGGCAAAUUUUCUUAUGAGAACAACUUUUAAGACGUCUAUUCCUGACGAUCAAGUUCAAACUCACAUCAAAGGAUGAGAGUUCAACAACCAUUUUUUUUAAUGUAAUGCAUUAAUUGACAAUUUUAUAUCAAGAAAUAGUAAACGUACAGAGCGUGUAAUGAUCGACUUAUGACUGUACGUGUGUGGUUAGUUGAUUAGGGUAUGAAAGAUCCGUAAGAGUUGCAGAGAGCAACUUUUGCUACCUUAGAGUUCAGCUAAACCUCCCAGGUGCAUCCCAGGGAGGGUUGGGGGGCGGGAGGUGACUCUUUUGUUUUCCAACUUCGUUUCUUGAAACACUCCGCGUGCCAGUGUGGCGUCAUAUAGUAACGGGCGAGAGCUUCAGGUCACUGUGCAAAUUAGCGAGGGACACCACAGUCAUUAGGAGCAACUUCGGAGAAAAGAGGAAAAGCUAGCAAAUAUUGCUAUAUAUCGCUAAAAUAAAUUUGAUCAUAAGUGUGUGAGCUUUGGUAUUACUUUUAUCCGCUCGUGUAAACCGUCUUAGUAUUUUGUGGUCGUAAAUGUGUAAUUUUGUUAAUUUUUGUCGCAGGCCUUGUUACGGGAUCGCUAUCUUCCUUACGGGACCUGCAAGGUCAUCAAAAAUUAAUUCUUUUUUUUCUCUAAAAUAGGCAACUUCUAGUCUCCAGAAUAGGAGGUUCGAUUCAGAGAUCACACACGUUUAUAUUUCAUAUAAUCUUUUGCCGAUUAAAUCGACCGUACUUCAAUCCCCUCGCGUGUGGGCCUCUGUUAAUAUCCUACGUUCUCCAUCAAGUUCAGUACAGCCAGUUUCAUCGAUUAUCCGUACAUCAAUCGGCACAUUGAACACGAAAAAAAUGCGAAAUAGCUUUGAUAUACUCGUUCAUUUGCUAAUUUUCCUCGAAUGUAUCUUUGAAUUCAUGAUAAAUACAGCUCCACCCGCUUCAACCAGUGCUUGUGACAGAGAAAAAUGGUUUUAAUAUAACAAAAUUACUUCUAA